GCUUGGUAUUAAUUGACAAUUUUAACAGAUCAAUAUUUCUAUGCUUUUGUAUGUCUCUAUACAUAACAACAAAGAUUUGAUGCUCUUGAGCUGCUGGGCCAGGGCUUCUUUAGUGGACUGGGUGUAUCAGAGCAAGCAUGUGCUCACUGCAGAUGAGUGUCAGGGAGUGAAUAAACUAUUGCUUAAUUUUGUGAUGGAAAUAGCAGAAUAUUGACGUAUGAAUGGUCUGCUGACAGAGUGAUCAUUGCUCUGUAUCUAUAUAAGUAAACACAAUGAAUUUGUGUGCAUUUGUGAGAUAUUAACACAUGGACAAAACACCACAACUCCGGCAGGCAAUGGCUCCUACGCCUGAGACUCAUCCCGCUACGCCGCCGCCGGAACUCGACGCAGACCACGCGGCCAAAGAUGCGACCGAACUCGAACCGCCGCCUUACACCUCCGUCGUUACGGCAGCAGAAGAAUCGGAGGAGGAGGAGGACCCGUGGGAUCUGCCCGAGCUCCGGGACACCGGGGUGAAGUGGUCAGAUCUCGACACGAGGGGGAAAGUUCUGCGCGUCCUGAAGUCCAUCGUGAAGUUCGUUCUUCUGGUCGGUCUGCUCUACUUGUUCGUUUGCUCUCUGGACAUCCUGAGCUCCGCUUUCCAGCUGGUAGGAGGGAAGGCAGCGGGCGAUAUCUUCCAGGACAAUGCGGUCCUGUCUAACCCUGUGGCUGGGUUGGUGAUUGGAGUUCUGGUCACUGUUCUGGUUCAAAGCUCCAGCACCUCGUCCUCUAUUGUCGUCAGCAUGGUGUCAUCUGGAUUGUUGGAGGUGAAGUCCGCAGUGCCAAUCAUCAUGGGUGCCAAUAUCGGCACUUCUGUGACAAACACGAUCGUGGCCGUGAUGCAAGCAGGAGACCGUAACGAGUUUCGCAGGGCAUUUGCUGGUGCUACGGUCCAUGACUUCUUUAACUGGCUGUCUGUUGUGGUGCUGCUGCCUCUGGAGGUGGCCUCAGGAUUCCUCUACAGACUCACCAAACUUGUGAUCGAUUCCUUUAACAUCGAGACCGGGGCAGACGCUCCAGAAUUGUUAAAGGUCAUCACUGAACCCCUCACCAAGAACAUCAUUGAGCUGGACACCUCUGUGAUCCGUGACAUAGCCACUGGAGACCCUGCAGCCCGGAACAAAAGUUUGAUCAAGAUCUGGUGUAAAACGCAGAAAGUCACGAACCUUGUGAAUAUCACAGUCCCUGGAUUUGCAAACUGCACCCCUGAUGCCCUCUGCUGGGAGGAGGGCGGCAAGGUCUGGACUCAAGAGAACCAAACGGAAACCAUCAACUUAAAAAAAUGUACUCACAUGUUUGUGUUUGCUGAUCUACCUGACCUGGCUGUGGGGUUGAUUUUGUUGGCUCUGUCAUUGCUGGCUCUCUGUACCUGCCUCAUUCUGAUCGUCAAGCUGCUGAACUCCAUGUUGAAGGGUCAGGUGGCAGGUGUCAUUAAAAAGGUGCUCAACACAGAUUUCCCCUUCCCCUUUGCCUGGGUCACGGGAUAUCUUGCCAUCCUUGUUGGAGCUGGAAUGACCUUCAUUGUUCAGAGCAGCUCUGUCUUCACCUCAGCCAUCACUCCUCUAGUCGGUAUUGGUGUCAUUAGCAUCGAGAGGGCUUAUCCACUCACGCUGGGCUCCAACAUUGGCACAACAACCACUGCUAUUCUAGCUGCUUUAGCCAGUCCAGGAGAGACACUGGCUAACUCACUACAGAUUUCUCUCUGUCACUUCUUUUUCAACAUCUGUGGUAUCUUACUGUGGUAUCCCAUCCCCUUCACGCGUAUCCCUAUCCGAUUGGCCAAAGCUCUGGGCAACCGCACGGCCAAGUACCGCUGGUUUGCGGCGCUGUAUCUCUUCCUGUGCUUUCUCCUCUUCCCGCUGUCAGUCCUAGGCCUCUCCAUCGCGGGGUGGCAGGUCUUGGUGGGGGUUGGAGUGCCCCUGUUGGUCUUUGCGAUCAUCGUGGUCGUGGUGAACAUCAUGCAGAAACGCUGCCCGCAUUUCCUGCCCUCAUUCCUCCGCAGCUGGGACUUCCUGCCCAAACCGCUGCACUCCUUCAAACCCUGGGACAGAGUGGUUACUGUCAGCAUGACCUUCUGCAGGACUCGCUGCUGUUGCUGCUGCAAGUGUUGCAAAGAAAAAGAGAAGGAUGAAGAGACCGAUGACAUGAAAACCAAGGAUAGAAGUUUAGAGAUGUAUGACAAUCCAGCGCUCGCUAUAGAGGAUGAGGUCAAAAUAACAGCGACACAUUUAUAAUGCUUAACGGACCCUUUUUGUGUAAAUCAGUAUUUAUAAUGUAACAUGUUCUGAUCAUUACAGGGUGAGGCAACAUGAGUCAUGCAUGAUUUCAGAACUAGUAAUACAGCACUGGAUGCAAUAUAAGUGAAAGCUGCUAGUAGUUUUUAGAUAUAAUGAUCCGUUCACCUCAUGUUAAAUGUAGAUGACUCUACUUAAUUCUACUUGAAGCUUUUCAUGAAUAUUGCACUUGCCAAGCAGUUAGCGAGGUCUUUCAGAACAAUGCAUCAGGUUCACUGACUUAAAUAAAAUGACACCAUGGUGCAGAAGUUGCUAACUAUCUUUAACUGUUGAUGCCGCUGCUGUUGUGGUUCUUUGUAUGUUAUGUACCAGAGAAUUUGUAUAAAUCUUUAGUAUUUUGUCUAAAAAUGUUAAAAUGAAGGUAAGCAUGCCCAUGGAAAAAAAAAAAAAAAAAUGCAGACUCUUGACAGUAAUUUUGCACAUUAUGUGGACCUAUGUAAAGUGUUUGUUUUUUUUAUAUAUAGAUAUUUGUAAACUUAAAAUGAUUUUUUUUUUUAAUAUCUGAUUUGUAACUGUUGCAUUUUGUAAAUUUCAUGAAGAUUUUUAGACUUCAAAUAUUUCUUUACUCAGAUGUAAGAUUGUCUUUAAAUAUUAAAAACAUGAGGACACUGGAUCUAAAUUUUUUUUUUUUUUUUUUUUUUUUUUGAAAUAUGAAUUGUGCAAUUUUAAACCUGAUGUUUUUUCCAAGACUAUCAAGCUAUACAGAGAUAAGGAGUUACAAAUUAACAAGUUUAGUCUAAGAUGCUCCAGUUUCAGUUGGUUUUGUUUGAGUUCUUAAUCGCAACUACUUAUCAGAAUGUGUGGGCGGGUUCUGAAAGCAUGUUAUCAUAAGUGUAGUGUAAAUAAUGAGACCCUAGCCAGAAACUUUAUGUACUGUGCACUAAGUUCAGACUACGUCACAGAUGAAACUCAGAAGGUGCAGAUAAAAGUACAAUUCUGCUUAUGAAUAUUUUGUGUAUUUAUGAUGUAAAUAAGGCCAAAACAAUGUUUUACGGAGCCUGAGAAGUCACCUGUAGGUGAAAAAAUAAUAAUAAUAAUAAAGUAAGAUCCUUAAAUCCA